AUGGGCACGCUGAAAUUGACCCUGCCCAGCUCUCCUUCAGUCCAGGUAUUUAGAAGAAAUCGGCAGAGGAAGUUACUUUAUACGGGGCUAUCAUUGGUUUUUCUCCUCGUGUUGUGGGGUACCCUAUUCAUAAGUUCUGGUGGACGGUAUGCUGGGGUGCAGAGACUCGGUUCCUCAGACAGAUUGAGCUUGGACACAAUCAGGAAUGAAACAUUAGGGUUCGAAAGGAUCUUUUGUAUCAACCUUCCCAGUCGACCUGAUAAACGGGAUGCAAUCACACUAGGCUCAUCAGUCACGCAGUUCCGCGUGGACUGGAUCGAUGGCGUAUCUUCCGAGGAUAUGAGCCCAAAGGCUUAUCCACCACGAUACGAUGAACCGGAUAGACCUCGCAUGUUAGCCGGUGAAAUCGGCAGCUGGCGAGCUCACCUGAACGCAAUGCAACGCAUCGUCUCAGAGCGCAUAUCCAGCGCCCUAAUCCUCGAAGACGACGUCGACUGGGACGUGACACUAAAGAACCAACUACAAGGAUUCGCGCUGGGAACCCUCGCUCUCCAAGCCGAAUCCCACCCCAAGACCACACCCUAUGGCGACGAGUGGGACAUCCUCUGGCUCGGUCACUGCGGGACGAAAUGCCAAAAGAACAUCCCUUUCUACAUCCUUAAGAACGACCCAACAUCUAUCCCCGUCUACGGCCUCCCACAAUACUGGGCCGGUCCAGCCGUCCACGAACUCGUCGACAACAUCAAACACAACCGCAUUAUCUGCAAGACGUCAUUGACAGUCUGCUCCAGCGCAUAUGCAGUAUCGUUCAACGCAGCACAGAAAAUCCUCGCUGCGUUAUCUGUCUUACCCGAUGAUGAGAGCAUGCCGCCUGGUCAGAGCGUCGUGUAUGAUGUUAUGCUAGGGAGAUUGUGCGAGAGUGGGUACUUGAGGUGCAUUUCGUCGCAUCCUUCGCUUUUUGGCAACUGGAAAGGCGCGGGAUUGCCUUCUAAAGCGUCGGAUAUCCAGUAUAAGUAUGAUGGACCGAGGGAGCAGAAGACGUUUGAGGGGGCGAGUUUCCAAGGGUUGGUUUAUAGUACCAUGUAUAAUUUGGGGACUUUGCUCGACGGGGAGAGGGUGGUGGUGUCCAAUGUUAAUGAUGUUAUGAAGCCGAAGUUGGAUCUUACGAAGGUGAGAAGGGUGGAGGGUGGGUUACAUCUGUUGGAUUAUGAGGAGAUGGUUUUGAGUCGUGUAGGAUAG